GUUCUCUUCAUACAUCAAUGCGUGGUGCUAGAUAGCCGCUGUUGAAGAAAACAGUGAACCGGAAACAUCAUUAGCAUCGACAAAGUGUUCACUUGUUGCUGUCGUCUAAUGGGAGCAACUGUUACAUGACCCACAGAGUGUGUGUGGAUAUGAGCACACAUAUUCACACACACUCUGAGGGACAUGACAGAGCCGCGCAACCCAGGGAUGUCCUCCAUCCCUCAGACAGCCCCUGUACACACUGACUCCACCUCCCCGGCUGUAGAGAUGGAUCCAGUAGAGUACACCCUUCGGAAACGGCUCCCCCGGAAACUCCCCAAGAGACAGAACGAUGUCUACGUCAACAUGAAGACUGAUUAACGGGCCCAGCUGGCACGUUGUCAGAAGCUGCUGGAAGGUGGGGGUCACAGGGAGAUCUGUGUCCAUGGCCUGGGCCUGGCCAUCAACAGAGCUAUCAACAUUGCCCUUCAGCUGCAGGCCAGCAGCCAGGGGGCGCUACAGCUGGCAGCCAACACCUCCACAGUAGAGCUUGUGGAUGACCUGGAACCUGAAGAUCCUGAUGAGGCUGGGGAGCCCAUGACACGUACACACAACAACUCGGCCAUUCAUAUUGAGGUUUUCUACCCUGACCCACAGUGACUUGGAUAGAGGUUUCCCUGAUGUGUGUCAAGCAGAGGUUCUCUAUUAGUCCUCUUUGUUCCCUCAUUAAUCAGUAGACACAUAUUACAGAGUUAUCUGAUGGGGCUGAGUGUGUGGAGACCUAUGAUGGCAGCAGCAGAAUGGAGCGACAUACAGUGUGUUGGCUGUACAUGUAUCAGUAAACUGUGUAGGAAUACUCCAGUUGGACUGAAUAUAUUAUGCUCUUUUGUCACGCGUUUUGUGUCUUGUCAAAAAUUGUUAGUGUCAUCACUUUUUAUGUUUGCAUGUCUUGAAGCAACAGUGAUGUUUGCCGGAUGAAACCUCAGUGUAAUUUAAUACUUGUAGACAUGGCUGUGCCAAAUGUAAAUGUACAAGUGUCUUUAAUUUUAAGGCCUAAGAGCUGCACAAGUGUUCACAGUU